AGGAUCGGGGAACAGAAAAAUCACAUUUUGCGCCGUGUCCCGCGUUGUUGCGAAUUGUUGAGCAAUCGAGUCGUGUUCCGUUUGGCUCUCGGAAUCUCGGAGAUAAAAUAUCCGUGCAAAGAUGGAUAUUUUGGAAACGGUAAUCGGUAAACUGCAGGCCGGCGAGUUCGGUGCCGCGAAGCAGAUCAUUGAUGAUGCGAAAAAUGAUGAGGCAAUCAAAAUGCAAUCGAUGGAGCUGGUUUCGCUGAUUGCCGAUCAUCUCAGCGAUGAAAACGCCGAAAGUAAACCAGAUCUGUACUCGGCCUCGGAAUCGUUGCUCAUCGGACUGGCCCAGAAAUGCAGCCCGGCGGAAGUGCUGUACGAGAUGAUGGAGAAGAUCCGGCUUGCCCGAAGCGACGAUAUCCUUACGAGCCUGCUGAAGGUGGUACAGGCGGCUGUACUGCGCCUUCCGGCCAAGCGAGCACGCUGCCUCGACUGGGUGUUCGGUACGAUCAUGGAGUAUCUGGAGCGUAUCACCCUGCCCGAAUCGUUGGAUAAAGAUAUGGAUGAUGACGAGGAAUCGCUACUGGAAAAUGAUGAAACCAUCCGGCGGUUCCUUCAACUCUACCUCACGAUGAUGCUAUUCGUUAAACCCAUCGCGACACGGCUCUCGAAACCAGCGACCGAGGAAUCCCUGUACUACGAUACCAGUUUGACGCAGAAAAAUGCUGUAGUUUGCUUCAUUUUGCGUCUUAUGGGCAAAUUGUUACCCUAUCUGCAUCUUCAGCGAAGCGUUCAGCAGCGUAGAACACCCGGUCGUCGUCCUUUUCCAGCGGGCAAAAGUUACUCUGUUCAGGUGGCUGAAGAUCUGACGAACGUGCUUCUGCUGCUUAUCAGUGAUCCAUAUCAGCUGCUUUCCUACGGCGAAAAGCGAACACAUGGGGAUCGACUGUUGAAGAAAUCUGCCAGCUUCUUCGGCGAGCAAUCGGAGCAGGAUCGAGACGAUCUCACCAGCAACGAUGUCUUCAUGAGUAACGAGAAGCACAUGACCGAAGGUUUAGCGGUUCUGUUUUACCUUCUGCUGGGUGAAGAUUUGCUGCCAACCAGCGCACCGAUGGUGUACGAUGCUCGGUACAUCUUCGAAGCGGGUCUUCACUUUGUGGUCGAGCUGGUCAGUGGAGCCCGUACGAUAGUUUACUUCAAGGGAGUUCGGCUUGCCCAGGCGCUGGUACGAAAGAUGAACGGCAAUCAGCUAACAGCUCGUGAGCUGGAAACGCCAAUCCACACCACCUUCUGCGAACGUUACAUUCGAGCGCUGGAACGGUCAAAGAGUGUGCGCAAUCGAGAGGUUGGAGUACGUGUUUUGUCCAACUACAUCCACGCAUUCGACGAUGAGGGUCGGUACACGAUACUAGUGCAUUUGCUGAAAAGCUUCGAGGAUGACACGGUGCGAUCGUUCGCGAUCAACGAGUACAAAGAUCUCGUAGUGGAGCAACUGAGAGAAGCGAAGCCCCUUCCCCGUUGGUACCGUGGUGAAGUGUUGCGUGAAAUGCUCACCGGUCGUAUCUGUACCCUGAAGCAUGGCGUUAAAACGGAUAUCCUUGAUCACAGCUAUAGCAUCACGAGCGCGCUGUCCGCACUGUGGGUACUGCUGAAGAGCGAUUUAUCAAACACGAGCCGCGUGUGGGACUGUUUGCCCAUUAUCGAGAAACAGUUUCUGGGGGAAUUGCGCACCGGUCUCGAUCUCAGCAUGGCACACUACAAGAACGAACUGAAAACAACCGAAGAAAGAUCCGGCGAAGCAGAUCAAUCGGGUUUGGAGGGCGCCGAAGUGUCUAUAAGCACCUUAAACGGUGAUGCACCACCGUCCGUUAUGACAAAAGAAACUCGCAUCGAUCUCUCCAAGCGCAUGAUACUGAGGUUGGAAAUGUUGGAAUUCCAUCUCUCGCGCAUUACUAGCGACAUCGAGCAGAUGCAGACGCAGAUCAGAAAGACCGGUUCUUUACAAACGAUGGAAUCGUAAUAAACGGCACGAUUCUCUCUCACGCA